GAGCGCUGAUGGAGAUGGAGACGGUGGCGUGGGCGGCGAGGAGGUCGAUGCAGGAGGCCGCGGCGUCGUACGCGCGGUCCACGGCGAGGUCGGUCGAGACCAUCGUGGUGAUCGUGGCGGCCAUCGUGCUCGCCGCGGCGCUCGCGGGCGUCCUCGCGCGGGCGUGCGGCGGGAGGCACGUGGCGGACCGCGACGUCGAGGGGUGGGUGGAGCGCCGCUGCCGGAGCUGCCUCGACAGCGGCCUGCCGCCGCCAGCAACAUCAUCAUCCAAGGCCAGUGACGCCAAAUAGUUCUUCUGUAUUCUUCCCCCUUGUAGUUGUGGGCUAGCAGUAGCAAUGUACUCCCUCUGUAAACUAAUAUAAGAGUGUUUAGAUCACUAAAAUAGUAAUCUAAACGCUCUUAUAUUAGUUUACGGAGGGAGUGGCAUAAUUUCCAGCAUAGUCAUACCACAUUAGAAUGAUCAGGCACUAGUACUGCCGUCAUGUAGAACUAGAAUGUAACCAAGCAGCUGAAUGCCAAGCUGUGUUCUUUGCUCCACAAGGGUAUCAGAUUAGGGCCUCAUGAGCUGAUUCCUUGCUGUAAUAUUCUGUGCUCAUA